AUGGCUCGUGACCACGUACCAGCGACGCCAGUCGACGACGCCGUUCGCGCGGCAAAGCUCACGGAAUUGUUCGAGUUGCUGGAUCAUGACCACUCAGGUGAUGUAACCUGGAAGGUGUUGGAUGCACAUGAAAUGCAGCUCUUGGGUGUCGCGGUCACUGGCGCGACAGAUCUACCCAGUCUCGACGAAUCCAGAGACCAAAUCCGGCGCGCCGAUUGCGACCACAACACUCGUGUGGAUCUUGCCGAAUGGGUCGCGUUUGGCAUGUCGACGUCGUUGUACGACUUGAACUUGGACGACUUUAUCGCGUUGAUGGACACGUACGCGGAGCGAGUCCAUCGCCAUUACGACGACGGCGGGCAUUUGAAAAUCGCAGAUGCGUCGCAAGCCUCGUCAAGGUGGACUAGAAGCGCCCUUCCCCCACUCUUGAGUGCCAAGAGCAAGCGAAUGACGCUUCCACCUGAACCGAACGCUCGCCCUCCACUACCUUCGCCUGCACCAGCCCCGAUGUCCACCUGGUUCUGGGGACGAUGUGCAGAAUGCUCGACUCCCGGUCGCAUUUCGUGCAACGACUGCCAUGUGCUGCUGUGUUUGGACCAUGGGACAUCUCACGCUGUCAUGCAUUUGGAUGCGCCCGUGCACACCAACAACCAAGAUGAGGUCAUAAAUACCUUUGGCCAUUCAGUGAGUGAGAAUGGUUCAACGUCAGGGCUGCGCCUCAAGUCGGCCUCUGUCCAGCAUCCAAGAGUCAAGAGGAAUCGCAAAGCGGAGUCAUGUCGAAUCAUGUGA